UCAGGGGAGAAAGUGCUGUGCUUCGAGCCUGACCCCACCAAGGCGCGAGUCCUUUACGAUGCCAAGAUUGUCGAUGUUAUUGUUGGAAAAGACGAAAAAGGCAGAAAGAUCCCAGAAUAUCUGAUCCAUUUUAAUGGUUGGAACAGAAGCUGGGAUAGAUGGGCAGCUGAAGAUCAUGUGCUUCGUGACACUGAUGAAAACCGGAGAUUACAACGCAAAUUGGCAAGAAAAGCUGUAGCUCGCCUACGAAAAGGAAGAAAGAAGAAGCGCUGCAGGUUGCCCGGUGUCGACUCUGUUUUAAAAAGCCUCCCUGUUGAUGAAAAAGAUGAAAAUGCUGAAAACUCCAUAAGCAGCUCCUCUGGUGGCAGCAGUGAGGAGACAGAUGAGGAAAUAACUGAAGAAAGUGAUACUGAAGAAAAGACCGACGCGAAAGAAGAGCCAGAGCUGCACACAAAAAGAGAAAUGGAAGAAAGGACAAUAAGCAUAGAAAUCCCGGAAGUUCUGAAGAAGAAGCUGGAGGACGAUUGCUACUAUAUCAACAGGAGGAAGCGGUUGGUGAAACUUCCGUGCCAGACCAACAUCAUAACUAUUUUGGAGUCCUACGUGAAACAUUUUGCUAUCAAUGCAGCCUUUUCGGCCAAUGAAAGACCUCGUCACCAUCACGUUAUACCCCACGCUAGCAUGAAUGUGCAUUACAUCCCAGCAGAAAAGAAUGUGGACCUGUGUAAGGAGAUGGUUGAUGGACUAAGAAUCACCUUUGAUUACACUCUCCCAUUGGUUUUGCUCUAUCCGUAUGAACAAGCUCAGUAUAAGAAGGUGACUUCAUCCAAAUUUUUCCUUCCAAUUAAGGAAAAUGCCACCAGCACCAACAGGAGCCAGGAGGAGCUCUCUCCGAGCCCGCCCUUGUUAAACCCAUCCACUCCACAGUCCACCGAGAGUCAGCCCGCCACGGGUGAAACAGCCACCCCCAAAAGGCGCAAAGCUGAGCCAGAAGCCUUGCAGUCUCUGAGGCGCUCCACACGCCAUAGCUCCAACUGGGACAGGCUGUCCGAAAGUAGCGUGUCGCCUCAGCUGAAGCGCCGGCCUCAGGACACAUCUGCCACCAUGCCCAAGCUGUUCCUGCAUCUGGAAAAGAAGACGCCUGUGCACAGCGGAUCAUCAUCCCCUGUUCCCGUGACUCCUAGCAAGGAAGCAAGUGCUGCAUUCGCUGGCUUUGAAGGGAGACGGAACAAUGAAAUCAAUGAGGUAAUGAGCUCGGCUCCGACAUUGGUCCUGUUUUUAGCAGAAUACCAUGAUGACUUCUUCCCAGAGUCGGCUUACGUGGCUGCCUGUGAGGCACAUUACAACACCAAGAACCCCCGGGCCAUGUAUUAA